ACCAAUUCCGUCGACUACGCAAGCCAAGAUGUGGUGGGUGGGUUAUCAGUUGGCGACGAGGAUGAUGUCACCGCACACCACACAGUCGACAUGGCUUACACUGUCUAUCCGGAAGACGAGAAGAUGUACAAACAAACUGCCCUCCCAGUUAUCUUGGCGGACAAUGCUGCCAAAGGCUACGAUGUGUUCGACUUCGAUGAGCAUACUUUAGCUUUAUAUAGAGCACACUGCGAUGUAUAUGUGGCUGGCUUUUAGUAUGUUUGGUAAUACCAGGAUAAAAUAAAGACGGCCUAGAUCAAAGCUUACGG